GAUGACGCAAACCGUUUUUAUCCUUUCAAAUUGUCACUCGGAGGAAGUGUGAAGCAAUACGUGUUGCCGGUUGCGACUUUGUAUUUCAACGCAGUUUUUUUAUCUAACGAACGAUGGGUGAUAUUCCAGCAGGAGAUGCCACUAAGGGGGCCAAGGUCUUCAAAACAAAGUGUGCACAGUGUCACACAGUAGAGGCAAAUGGUAAGCAUAAAACGGGUCCAAACCUUCAUGGGUUGUUUGGUCGCAAGACUGGACAGGCACCAGGUUUCACUUACACUGAUGCUAACAAGAACAAAGGUAUCACAUGGGGCCCAGACACUCUGUGGAUUUACCUGGAAAAUCCUAAGAAGUACAUUCCUGGAACAAAGAUGGUCUUUGCUGGUCUAAAGAAGAAAACUGAGAGAGCAGAUCUCAUCGCAUAUCUGAAGGAGGCCACAAGCUGAAACCCAUUUUGAGAAAAUAAUGCAGUAGUGACAUGCAAUUAUAUGGAUUUGACUUUCUUUUUAUCAAGCAUGUAACAUACUAUUUCAAAUGACAAUACACAAGACUGGUGUGGAUUACUGGGAUGUGUCUGAACAACUUUAAUUAAUUUGAUGUACAGGAUGUGAAACAGUAUUAUUUACAAGGCUGUGCUUUGUUUAAGUGUGCUGAUUUCAAAAGGUUAUGGUGUCAAUAAAAUUCUUGAGUUUUA